AGUGGUCCCGGUCUUCAGACGGUAUGAGCGGGGGAGCGGAGCAAGCUGACAUCCUAAGUGUGCUCUCCCUGGUCAAGGAGCGAUGGAAAGUGUCGAAGAAGAUCGGGGGUGGCGGAUUUGGGGAGAUCUACGAGGCGUUGGACCUCCUGACGCGGGUCAGCGUGGCGCUGAAGGUGGAGUCGGCCCAGCAACCAAAGCAGGUGCUCAAGAUGGAGGUUGCCGUGCUAAAGAAGCUCCAGGGUAAGGACCAUGUGUGUCGCUUUGUGGGAUGUGGCCGCAACGACCGCUUUAACUACGUGGUCAUGGAGCUUCAGGGUCGUAAUCUGGCAGACCUGAGGAGGAGUAUGACCCGGGGAACCUUCACCAUCAGCACCACCCUGCGUCUGGGGCGCCAGAUCCUGGAAGCCAUAGAGAGCAUCCACUCAGUCGGCUUCCUGCACCGUGACAUCAAACCGUCCAAUUUUGCCAUGGGUCGCUUCCCCAGCACCUGUCGAACCUGCUACAUGCUGGACUUUGGUUUAGCUCGACAGUUCACCAACUCAUGCCAGGAGGUCCGACCUCCCCGUCCAGUGGCAGGGUUCAGGGGAACGGUCCGCUAUGCAUCUGUCAAUGCACACAAGAAUAAGGAGAUGGGUCGUCAUGAUGAUCUAUGGUCCCUCUUCUACAUGCUGGUGGAGUUUCUGGUUGGCCAGUUGCCUUGGAGGAAGAUCAAGGAUAAAGAACAUGUGGGGAAGCUGAAGGACACUUACGACCAUCGUUUGAUGCUCAAACACUUGCCGGCAGAGUUUGGUGUGUUCUUGGAACACAUAUCCACUCUUGACUACUUCACCAAGCCUGACUACCAGCUACUGAUGUCAGUGUUUGACAAUAGCAUGAAAACCUAUAAUGUAGUGGAGAAUGACCCUUAUGAUUGGGAGCGGACCGGCACAGAUGGCACCCUGACGAUCAGCGCUAGCGCCACAACGCCCCAGCAUCACACCCGCCUCACCCCAGCACACAUGGGAAUGGCGAAUGCCUCCUUGAUCCCUGGUGACUUAAUGAGAGAGAACACAGAUGAGGUUCUGCAGGACGAGCAGCUCAGUGACGUUGAGAACAACCCUGCUCCCGAUCGCAUGACGGGCUCUCCCAUCCAUCCGCACCGCAACCAAGAGGCUGACGUCUGGGAGGAGCUGGACCGCAACCGUAACCGCAUCAGGACAGCAGUCUGGAAGGCGGAGGAGGAGCACAGCAACAACCAGGGCAACCAAGGACACCAAAGUCCCUAUGCUGGACCAAGCCUGGGUUCCCCAGUCAAAUUGCACUCUGAUGUGGUGGCUUCAGACCGUGAUGGCCCCUUGCUGAGGAAGCUCCGCAACAUUCACAGCUUUGAGCUAGAGAGGAGGCUCGGCCUGGAGUCCAAGCCCAGUCCAGAACGCUUCAUGGAGGGCUGCUCAGCGAAGCAGCAGUCUGGCACCCAGCAGCAGGAGAAAGCUGACGGGGCUACAAUCAUCCCAGUAACUCAGGGUCAGGGGGUUCCUUCUGGAGAGCGUCCUGAUAGGGUCUGGCACUAUGAUGAGGAGUUUCUGUCUGGUGUUGGGUCUCCUAAACCAGCAUCCCCUGGAUCUCUGGAGCAUGGAGAUGGGGCAGCCAGCAGUGGGGGCUUUGUGGCCCUCAAUAUUAGCUCUGGGAGGCAGGACAUUGACUCAAAGGAGUGGGUAAUGGUGGAGCGUCCCAGUGGCUCUCCGGGGGCCAAGGUUACCACCAGCCCUUCAGAAGAGGAUGAGGAUGAGCCGGAGGUGCUUCAGCCACAGUCUCCUGGAUGGGAAAAGGGCAGCCCAGGUGCUUGCUCUGGCAAAGCCAGACAAGAAAGCCUGGCUUCCUCCAAGGGAAGUGCAAAAGUGGACAAGUUGGAACUUAGUGUGGGUCCUGCAGGGGCUCUUCCCCCCGUUACUCCAACCAGUCCGGCUGAAGCUUUAGCUGAGGGAGUGCUCACUCAGUUUCCCACCUCUCCUCCAUCCCUGCCUGAGGAAGUUGCGGCCCGGACAGCCAGUCCCAUCCCUCUGCGCUCCCCCAGCCCUCACACCCUCCUGACCACCUUGUCGGACCCGCUGCACCUGCGCCACCCGCCAGGCUUGAGGCGCAGCCAGUCUGCUGACCAGCAGCGACAGGAGCGCCCAUCCUCUUCCUCAUCCUGCCACGCCUCCCUACCACUACCACCAAACCCUGCCCCUGGCACCCGCUCACCCAGUCGCCGGAAACUGCCGGCCAUCCCGGCGGGUGCUGCCAACACCAAGUUUCCCUCAGUCAUACGCAUCACCCGUGCCCAGCUUCAGCAGUUGACAGCUCAGCGUCCCUCUGGGCUGUCCUCCCAGUCAGGAUCAGACAGUGCUCCACAGUGCCUCCUGGUGGAGAGGCGUGGUGAAGCUGAAGCUGAUGCUCAGCAGUUCCAGGAGCACACAGCGGACAUCAGUUCCCCCCAGGACCGUGUGCCCACCCAUCCAGGGACACUUACAGACCCUUUGGCUGAGACGCUGAUCAAUGGAGACAGCCACACCAAAGCUCAAAGUCCUGUGCCAAGCCGUGUGUCUUCCCCAUGCUCUCCCCGUUCACCACACUCACCUUCUCCACGCUCGCCUUGUUCUCCACGCUCUCCUCGUUCCUCCCACAGUCCUGUGUUUGCCAACGGCCACCUAUCACCCCCUGUUAAUGGCCACAGUGAUUUAAGUAAUGGAGCUUUUCCGAAGCUCAAGGAUCCUGAGAAUGAUUCUGGCCCCACUCCCUGUGUCACAGACCCUCAGCUAAGGGGGGAGGAGAAUGGAAGAGUGUAUCUAGCCCCAGCAUUUUACUCCCCUGCGGCCCCCCGUAAGGACCCCAGCCGCAGGCAAAGUCGUAUCCCUGUGCUAGAGCCCUCCAGCUUGCUAGAGCUCCCUCCUCCAGGGUCUGCCAAGGAGAAGCUCCUACAGAAGAAAGCCAGCCAUCAGGGCCCUGUCCCCUCUCCCACUGCCUCGCCAUCCCUUUCUGACAGGCGUGGCCAUGUGGUGGCCUCCCUCGCUAGGGAUCCGUUAUCCUCCACCUCAGACCGCUCUCAGGACGAGGACUCUCUUAUGGGCUCGCGUUCUGACCGCCAGGGAGACGACGCUCCUUCCCUCUCCUCUUCCUCUAGCCCCCUGUCCCGCAAGAGCAGAAUCCCUCGUCCCGUUCAUCCAACCUCUUCUUCUGAGCAGCUUGCUUCCCAAUUUCUGCCACGCCCGCCUCCUGGAAAGCCACCUUGCCGCCCCACAGUGGAGGGCAGGCUUAGGCGUUACCGCAUCCGAGCUGGCAGCACCAGUGACUCAGACAUCUUCACAUGCCUUGCUCAGCUGAUGCAUGGUUCCCGUGGCUCCCCAGUUCACCACCGCUCCUCUGCUCAGCACAGCUCCAGGAUGGGCAUCUGCAGCUUGAACAGCUCUCCGCACCACCACCGCAGCUCUAGCGCCUCCCCACGCAGUUCCUCCUCGCUGCAGCGCUCCGUCAGCUCCUCGCCCUCCCGCCAUGAGCACCGUGGUGGUGGGGGAGGGGGCUGCCUGGGCCGCAGCCGCUCGCCUCCCAGCUUCUCUGGCUCGCCUCCUCCCCGCCGCUUCUACUCCUACCACCAGGAUACCUGUUGCAGCCGCCAGGCUCGCACAAGCCCCCUCCACCUGUCCAGGGGAAAAGGCUGCAGUCGGGAGGGCAAGUGCUCGAGCAAGCUGAGCAGAUAGUCGCUGUCACAGCAGAAUAUGGGAAGACUCUGAUCAGGAUAGAGUAGACAACAGUGUAGAUAAAAGCCUGAGUCUUCCUGUUAGAGUAUAAUUAGACAACAAAAUUCUUAAUUCCCUUUUUUGCUGUCAGUCUGAACCUUACACGUCUUGCCGC